GCUAUGAACACGCGAGGAGGACGAGCGAUGGGAGCAUGUGUUCCAGCCCAGGACAGAGUCCAGAGAGUGCUUUGGCUGAGAGAAGAGAGGCGUUCGAGGUCCUCGCUGCUCAAUGUAAGUUACCUCAUCAAGACUAUACAUGUCCCAACAGUUUCUAAUGUCGAGACAGCCAAUUACUUCAGCUUCCCAAGCUUCGAGGACUUCCAAGAGUAUCAUGAGGAUCAAGAGAGGAGGGAGAGCAGACAAGAGAAUGGCGUGCCUUGAAGAAGAUUCAAUGGUGCGGAUG